AUUUGAAGAGAAGAGCAACGAGCAUGGCUUAUGUUCCACCCCAUAAACGACUCCCAAAGAACGAUGAUGGCGAGGGUUCUUCGCAGAGUCCCAUACCAAAGCCAGAGCUGCCUCCAUUUCUGAUAAACUACAAAAAUCCCAAACACAAGUAUGCUGCAAGAACUACUACUACUUCUACUGCCCACUACCGGAGCUCGACUUAUGAAUAUGAAGAUAUAUUCAGGUGGUUCGCUGCUGGUUUGGAUGAUCGUCAUCACUUUCCACCUUCUGUUCAUCUCCAACCUGUUUCAGUGGAAUCAUUCGAUGGAAAGAUCCUAAAGCGUCUAGCUUUGUUUAACAACAUUGAUUCAGCUGAAAGUAGCAACAGUGUAACCGAAAGCUGUACAAGAAGGCCAUGGGAAUACAUAGCAGAGAAUGUGAUGAAAGACUUGCUUUCUUGUUUUGAAGAUAUUAGGAGGAACACAAUGGAGGAGUCUGAUCAGAACCAUGGAAAAGUUACUCCAACCAUAAUCACUAGAAUUGGCAAAGUUUUUUUUCGUGGGGGGCGUUCAGAUUGUGAACAAAAAAGUGUCACAAGAAUAUCGCUUUCUGAAGAAGCACUGAGGCCACUGAGAGGUUCAUUUUACACAAAGAUUCCGGUUUCAUUCAUAGAAUACUUGGUAAAAGAAGGUGCCUCGAAGAGUGGACUUGGAUUUGAACAAGAGAAAGAAGUGUAUCGUGUAUUUUUUCGUGAUGCAUCACAACCGGAUGUAUGUAUGUGCAAAUGUAGGGUACUAGAAGAUGGAAAGCUUAAUCUAUACAAGAUUGAACACAGCUAUACUCGUCACAUGCUCAGGGACAUAUCUUGCCUGGAAAAGAAUCUGGACAUAAGGCUGGAUCUAUGCACCAAAAGAACUGUUACUAAUCUUCCUGACGAUCACUUGGAAAGCCUCAAAAAUUUGAUUAAUUCUGCUGUUGUAGACAGAGAAGUUAAGGGUGGACUAACAUGGCCUAAGGGAAAGGCAUUUUUGGGGGGAAAAUUAUGCGUGGUUGGUGUCUGGCGAACGAGAGGUAAAACAUACAAAAAUCAAACGCUAAGGCUUAAGAUCAGAGAUGUUGAGCGGUCUCCACCCGGGGAAGCUACAACUGAAGUUGUUAUAAUGUUGAAAGGAGUAGCUUCAGAAUUAACGAAACAAGAUGCUGAUAGGAAUCUCAUAAGUGAAAUGCUUAAGAAUGACUUGAAGGUUAUAUGGAACAACAUUCUUUGCUGUGAAAGAUUUCCAAAGGAUAUCACUGAUGAAGACAUUGAUAGACAUAGACCCCAAUGGUUUGCUGUUGGUUUGGAUGAUCUUGAUCAGUUUCCACCUUCUAUUCAUCUCCUACCUUUUUCAUCACAAUCUCCCCAGCAGAAAUAUGUUGUCUUUAAGGCUCUGGCUUUAAUUAACAGUGAUCUAGCUGAAAAAAAUUACAGCAGAGUAAAAGAGAGCUUUACAAUAAGACCAUGGGAAUACAUAGCAGAAAAUGUGCUGCAAGAGUUGCUUUCUUAUUUUAAAGAUUGGAGGAGUGAAAGGGAGUUUGAAGACGUAAUAUAUAAGCCAACUAUAAUCGUUAGAUUUGGCAAAGUUCUCUUCUUUUGGCCUUCGAUCGGUCAAGAAUUUGUCACAAAGAAUUCGCUUUCCGUUGAUGCACUGGCACCUCUGAAAAGAUCAUUUCACACAAAUAUUCCUAAUUCAUAUGUAAAAUACAUUACAAGGGAAGGUGCCUCAAAGAGUGGACUUGAAUUUGAAAAGGAAAAAGUAGUGUACCGUGUAUAUAUUCAACCCUGCUAUAUGCGCAAUCUGCUAAAGAACAUAUCUUGUCUUGAAAAGAAUUUGGACAUGAGAUUGGAUGUAAUCUUCAAAAAAACUACAACUGAUCUAAAUGUAAAUGACAUGCAAAUGAUCAGAGAUUUGAUUGGCUCUGCUAUAGUCGAUAGCAAUGUUCAGGGUGGUCUGAGAUGGCCCUUAGGGAAGACUGUUUCUGGUGAUAAAUUUUGUGUUCGUUUAGUCUCGCACACAACAACUAAAAUAUACAAAUGUCCAUCGUUGAAGCUGAAGAUCAAUGAUGUCGAUCAGUAUGAGUUUAAGUCUUCAAAGGGGCUAGCUACAAAGGAGGUUGUUAUGUCUUUGAAAGGAUUGUCUUCAGAAUUACUGAAACGAGAGGUCGAUACGAGUGUUAUUAACGAGAUGCUUAAGAACGAGUUGAAGGUCCUAUGGGACAAUUUUCUCUAUUGUGAAAGCUUUACAACAUUAUCUUGAAUGGUGGUUGGUACUUGGUAUGAAUCUCAUUAUUGAGAAGCUUGAUUACAAGGCCACCGGCUGUACUUGAUGGUUUGACUUUGAAUCUUAA